AUGGAACUUGAUGCUCAGACAGUUCCUGUAUUGGGUCAGAGUUCAUCAGAAGAGGGUCAGCUAGAAAUCUUCUCCUGUGAUAUAUGUAGCAAAGUCUUCAAUAGUCAUUUAAAUUUGACAAUACACAAACAGACGCACGAGAACGACAGCCAAUAUAAAUGCUCCUACUGUGGAAAAACAUUUGCUCGAAGAUCGUACUGGAGGGUUCAUGAACUCGGCCACAGUCGCCCGUUUCGGUGUGAACUUUGCAAUCAGUCGUUCACCCGACAGUACAAUCUGACAGUACACCUGCGAGUUCAUACUGGUGAGAAACCGUUCCAGUGUGAAGAAUGCGGCCAGAGCUUCACUCGUCAGUAUACUUUGGUUCUACAUCGGCGUAUGCAUAGUGGUGAGAAACCACACGAGUGUCCAGUAUGUGGUAAACGUUUCAGUCGCAUGCAGACGAUGAGAUCGCACGCCAAAACUCACAGUUCUGCCCUCGUCUGUAGCAAGUGUAAUGUGGUGUUCCCCACGCAAGACAAGUUAGAACGUCAUUUUGCCAGCCACUUCAAAGGUGACAAACCAUACAUUUGCAACAUCUGUGGAUUCCGUUGUUCAUUCUCAAGCUCAUUACAGAAGCAUAAACAGAAGCACACUCGAGAGAAAGCAACGCCACCAGUACCACCAAUCAACCCACCUGCAAAAGUGCCUGAAGUUAUGCACCCUGCUCAGGUCACUCGACUUGAACAAAGCAUUGGGUUUCUCAGAGACCAACAUGGCCCUUCCUCACUGUCCAGACCCACAGAAUCAGCUGAUGGCCCACCCGGAUUCUUUCCUGAAAUGUUACCCUCCUCCCAAGCUGUUGUAGUCAAUACUCAACAAAGUGAGCCCAAUUGGGUAGUGCUAAAUGAUGGGAGAAUAGUUCCUGGGAUGCCGCCAAUAGAAAUGAGACAGCAGAGGGCUGGACAGCGAUCAUAUCCAUCCCAUCCGCAUUCUGCUACAGCCAGGAUCAUGAAUCAAUCUACUGGUUGCCCUCCUGGUCGAGGAAAUGACAUUGAACUUGUUACAAAACAAGAAGAAGGAGCAUCUGAUGAUAAUCAGCUUAUGAUUUCAAACAUAUGCUCACUCACAUUAAAUACAAAUGUUAUAGAUAGAGAGGCUGAUAACCAUAGUAACCGUAGCCAGGAGAACAAUGAUGGAUCAGAUGCUACUCAGGAGAGCAGCAUGGAUUCUUCACUGAACUCAUCAAGUUUGAACUGCAUUGAACAAAUGCUACAAAGACAGGAUGACCCAACAACAGUACCUAUCUCAAAUACUGCAUCUGUAAAGCCUAGUUUGGAAGCCACUCAGGUUGGGGAAACUGGGGGACAACUUAGCGGGAGCAAAAAGAGAAAGGCAAGUUUACUACAUGGAUUCUUCAGAGACGUGGUGAGAGAAAACAAAGCAAUGGAUGACAAAACCAACAAAGAGCAAACUAACCAAGCUACUUCAGAUUUAUCUGGUGCUAGCCAAAGGCUGCUACCCAGAGAAUCAAACCAAGCAGCAACAAUAUUUUGGCAAGAUAGUAUUGAAGUGAUUUCAAGUAAAGUGAACAGAGAUAAAGAAGAUUCAGGUCAAGGGGAAAACAAUUCCAAAACCCGUGUAGAUAAGCAGCCAUUAGCUAUUAGGCCAUGCUCACGAAAGUCUGUGACCUCGUCAUCAUCAACACUAACCAAAUCUUGGCACUGCCAGCACUGCGGUAUCACAUUUAGUGAUAACGUCAUGUUUAUUAUACAUAUGGGUUGUCAUGGAAACCAACAUCCAUUUCAGUGCAAUAGUUGCGGCCACCAAUGUGAAAACAAGGUGGAUUUUAUGUUGCAUUUCAUUGGUGGGCAACAUAACAUUUAG